GUCAUUGUUUUCGUUAAUUUAAAUCUCUAAACCGUGACGGAUCUGGACUGGGCUUAACGCCGGUGUUAGAUCGUCCGUCUAGAGUUCGGAUGUCCCGGUUCGAGUCCUUGGUACCCAGAUUCAUCAAGUUCCCAUAACGUAAGGACAUUCCUUAACUUAAAUGAUUUUAUAUGAAAGCAUUUCAGAAUUUGAAGUAGGUUCCUUAGCUAAGAUUUCACUAAGAUUUCCUCCUUAAAUUAUGUAUACCUUCCCAUGGAAAAGUUAAAGUGAGGGGAUUUCUUUUUGUCAAGGAACGUUUUUGAAAUCGGAGCAUGGUCUGUCGUUACAUUUUUCAUCUCAAGUUACAAAACUUUACCGUAAGGUUGUCCGAAAAUCGACAGUUGGAGAAGUUAUUGGAAACAGAUCAUGCACAACUAGGGAGCAAGCCAUAUAUUAUUUUUGUAUAGAUUACACAGACUUCAAUAAUUGUUCGAUUCUGCGCACUUGUUAUUAACGGGUUAAACGUCCACUAUUACGGUCUUUCGGCCGUUCAGUGGACGAUGUACUGACUUGACAGUUCAUUGUGUUUUUUUGUAGGCUCGGGUGCGUGUACUCGUCUCCAAGCAUAUCACAAACUAAAAUGUCGGCGCUUCCUUAGAUACGAUGACCGGAACACACUGUCAUCAUAGUGGAAUAUUUCUGAAAACGGAAACUUUAUAUAGAACUUGUUUGUUUCCAAUUAUACGGUCAACCCGGUCCAAUCAGAUCACGAAAUCGCAGUAAUUUCUAUUGGUCAGGACUCUAUUUUUCAAAUUAUUUUAUAGCUUUCUCUUUCUCUCUUUUUAAUAGACUGAACAGGUAUUGUAGAAUUAUAAUAUGAAAUUACAGACUGUAUUUACAUUAUAGCAGACAUUCCGCAUGUUAGUAUUUGAAAUACCACUUAAGACUAGAAAAAGCAAAAUGUUAAACAAUAUAUAUAAACUCUGCUGGUUAUUUGGAAAAAAAGAAAAAGAAAAAAAAAAUAGCUUGUCUAAAUCUCAAUUGACAGCUUUUUAGCUUGCUCUGUUAGCUUUAUGAACUCCUCAAAAAGGCACACGAAGAAAAUGUUGAGGUUAACCUUACCAUUAGCCUAUGCAUGUAUAUUGUGAUAAAUGAAUACUGUUAGACCGCACUUCCGUAAAGGAGGUGCAAUGUAGCAGUAUGAUAAGAAAACGGGAUAUGUGAUUUUCCGAUAAAGCUGCAUUUCACGGAAAAUGAAAUCGAAAGUUGUGUUUACCGUAUGUACAAUGCAUUUUGUUCAGCUCCGAUACAGAUAGUGAAUGAUAUGUUUUCCUGCAUCAUCGCUGCACAAAAUAUGACGACGAAACUAAAAGUCUUUCCGGUUCGACGGAUAUUGUACGGCUUCCGGUGUAAGAUGAUGAAUGCUGUGCAGUUCGGCCCAGAUGGCGCUGCGUCAAGUAUGCACAUUGGAAAAGUACCGAUACCGGAAGUGAGAGCGCACGAGGUUUUGAUAAAAGUACAUGCUACAGCUAUCAACAGGGCCGACAUUUUACAGAGGAAAGGGCGCUAUGCCCCUCCCCCGGGCGAGAGCGAAAUCCUCGGACUGGAAGCUGUUGGUACUAUAGAGACCCUGGGGCCGGACUGUGGCAGUAGGUGGAAGUUAGGAGACAAAGUGAUGACGCUGCUAGCGGGUGGAGGCAAUGCGGAGUAUGUGGCUGGACACGAGGACCUCUUGAUGCCUGUACCCUCAGGAUUCACGUUCAAAAAGGCGGCCGCCAUACCGGAAGUAUGGCUGACGGCAUUUCAACUGCUCCACACAGUUGGUAAGAUCCAGGCUGGAGAGAGUGUCCUCAUCCACGCUGGUGGUUCGGGGGUCGGGACAGCUGCAGUACAGCUGGCCAGUUUAGUCGGAGCCACGCCCAUUGUGACUGCGGGAUCUAACGAGAAGAUAAGCAGAGCCAAAGAACUAGGAGCAAUGGCAGGCUUUAACUACAAGGAAGGGGACUUUGGACAUAAAGUUCUGGAGGCUACCAAGGGUAAGGGCGUGGACUUAAUACUGGACUGUGUCGGAGAAUCUUUUUACGAACAAAAUAUGCAAAGUGUGAAGACGGAAGGACGUUGGAUCGUUUAUGGUCUUCUUGGCGGAGGGAACGUAAACGGAGAUAUGCUAGCAAAGUUAUUAAGGAAGAGAAUUUCUAUAAUGGGUUCCACGCUACGUGCACGAUCUAUACAGUAUAAAGGGGAUCUUGUUAGGAACUUCGUGGAAGCUGCCCUUCCUCAUUUUGAUUCCGGAAAACUCAAACCCAUCAUCGACACAGUCUUUCCGAUGGAAAACAUAUCAGCUGCUCACAUGUACAUGGAGAGCAACGCCAACACUGGGAAAAUUGUGAUAGAGGUGAGGAAGGGGGACGCUAAAGAUGAGCUCUGAAGUUUCCGGGUAUCCAGUGUAUCGUCCGGUGGGAUCACACUUGAUUGGGCGCGACGACGUCAGUUGCGCUCUUUUUACGUCAUAUAUAUACAUGCAUAUGAUCCUAGAUGAGUAUUCAUUUCGAAUGAAAUUUUAUUAAGCGAGUCUUAGAAGUUUUUAUUUUUGCGAGCCUUUGCGUGCGAAAAUAAAAGUUUCAAGACGAGUUUCAUAACAUCUUAUAUGAAAUGAAAACAAAUUUAAGAUAUAAGGUAUAUUAUACUAGAGCCAUAUGCAAAAAUAUUACACCGCGAAUUCACUGGACAACAGACCGAUUGUGUGUUAAAUAUACAUGAUAUAUAUGAUAUUAUAUACUCUGUAUUUACCCGGUAGUAUAAUACAGUAAUUGAUUAAACGUAGAACUUAUAUAAUCUACGUACAUAUCUAGUUACUGUAAAGGGAGACAUUUAAGCGGUUACCUUAUUUCAGCGAUUUUGUGCUUAAAGAAUUCCGAUUGAUUUUUUUUUUGCGCUAAUUUACAUGAUUUUGAUGGCAAACUUUGUUGGUGUGCUAAUCCUUUAUUCUGCUAAUUUCCGCUAAAAUUUGAUUGCGCUAAAAUAAGUGUUUCAUAUAUCAUAAUUGCAAUUUUCAUUUUGUUGAUUGUUAGUGAUGAAAUUCUUUUACAUGAUUUAUGAUACAUGUAGUUAUAUUUUAUAAACCGAUGCAUUAUUUUUAGUAUUUUGUGUGUGAUUUAGUCAGACUUUUGUAUUAUAUGAAGACAUAAGUCACUUGGUUGUUAUGUUAACACAACACUUGUUAAACAUUCCAGUUUUAUAUGCAGUUCAUGCUUUAAAUAUUGACGAUCUUUACAUUUUUUACAUCUAACCCCGGUUAUAUUAAUUUUCCUUAAUUUAAAGUAUACCGUAACUCCUUUACUUAAAAAUGUACAUUUCAGGAAACCGUUUUAGAAUUUAAGGAAAAUUCCUCGACUAAGAUUUUUUCCUUCAACCCAUUAAUAUUUCCCUGUGGAUAAUUUUAAUUCAAUGACAUUCGUUACGUUAAGAAAUGUUGAUGAAACAGGGCCCGAAAGAUGCCUUAUGUGAGCUUUAUGUUAUGUUUCAUGUACAUGUAUAUUAUUGAAGAGGACUUAUAUAGGUUUGCCUGUUGUCCAAUCCAUUUGUUUUAUGACAAUAUACACGUAUUAACAAAUACUGACUAUAUAUUUUGUUGUAGUUCUAAAUUUACACACGAACGAUAGAUGUAAAUAUAACAGUAUUACACUUUUUUCCAAAAAUCUUUUAAAUUAAUAUUUUGAUGAACAGCUUAUCACAUUAAUAACAACAUAUGUUUACUAUAGCUGUAAAAAUGUAAGUAUCAUGACCCCAAUACUGAUCGCCAAAAUAAUCAACUGUCGCUUUUGUAUGUAAAAUGUAUUACCCGCAGGUAGACGGCUCAUCCGGGUUGUACCUCAAAAUAUCAUUUUCUUAAAAUGCUUAAAAAUGCUGCGUUUUGCCUCCCAUUGGCUAUUCUGGGAGUGGGUGUUACCCAGAGUAUUUCGUUGUAAACAGGUAAACUGUUUGUCUAAAUAACAAUGUGUAUGUUACAGGACACGAGUAAAUUGAAGUAUUUUAAA